AUGAGUAAUACAAGUCAUAUUGAAGAAAUCAAAGGUGGGAUAUAUGAACCAGCAGCUAAGAUUGUAGGAGCAACUGGAUGUAUUUAUGAGAAUUUCCAUAAGCAACCUUAUAAACCUGACAUGUGCCUUUCUUUGCAAAAACUUUGUCUAACUUAG